CGGAUCGCGCCUGCGCAGUGGGGGGUUGCUCGCGGCUUGGCUUUGGGCGAGCUGCAGUCACGAUCCGAGGGCGGCCGGAGUGGCUGUCUCAUUUAAGAUGAGGCUUCUGCUACUUCUCCUAGUGGCGGCGUCAGCGGUGGUCCGGAGCGAGGCCUCGGCCAACCUGGGCGGCGUGCCCACCAAGAGAUUAAAGAUGCAGUACGCCACGGGGCCGCUGCUCAAGUUCCAGAUUUGUGUUUCCUGAGGUUAUAGGCGGGUGUUUGAGGAGUACAUGCGGGUUAUUAGCCAGCGGUACCCAGACAUCCGCAUUGAAGGCGAGAAUUACCUCCCUCAACCAAUAUAUAGACACAUAGCAUCUUUCCUGUCAAUCUUCAAAUUAGUAUUAAUAGGCUUAAUAAUUGUUGGCAAGGAUCCUUUUGCUUUCUUUGGCAUGCAAGCUCCUAGUAUCUGGCAGUGGGGCCAAGAAAAUAAGGUCUAUGCAUGUAUGAUGGUUUUCUUCUUGAGCAACAUGAUUGAGAACCAGUGUAUGUCAACAGGUGCAUUUGAGAUAACUUUAAAUGAUGUACCUGUAUGGUCUAAGUUGGAAUCUGGUCACCUUCCAUCCAUGCAACAACUUGUUCAAAUUCUUGACAAUGAGAUGAAGCUCAAUGUGCAUAUGGAUUCAAUCCCGCAUCAUCGAUCAUAGCCCCACCUAUCAGCACUGAAAACUCUAUUACAUUAAGGGAUUUUUGCAAGAGCAGCGUGACUGACAGUAUGAAGGCCUGUACUGAAGACAGCAAGCUGUUAGUACAGACCAGAUGCUUUCUUGGCAGGCUCGUUGUACCUCUUGGAAAACCUCAGUGCAAGAGAGUUUUCCAGUGCUGGCGCAUUUUGGAAUUCUGCACAUUCGUGGAGUGCAAUAAUACUGUAUAGUUUUCUUCCCCCCACAAAUUCAUCCAGUUUUUUUUUUAAAAUAGUGAACAUUACUACUUGUAACUUUUUUCUUAGUCAUAUUUUGAAAAUAAUAGAAAAUUGAGUUACAAUUUGAUUUUUCUUUCCCCCAAAACGUCUGUUAAAUCUGUUGUGCUUUUAUAUGAAUUUUCCUUUUUUAUAAUUUCAGAUUAAUCUUUUUGGAAAUAUAGCUAAAGUUCCCAAAUACUUUAUAAAAGUUUAUUAGAUAUCUCUGAUUUGGUUAUGUCCAGUUUAUAUGGUUUUCAAAAUAUUGCAGAUUGUAAACAGUGCAUUAUACAAGAUUAUGGGGGAAAUCCUAUAUCCAGAGUACUCUACAAAUUUGUGUGUGUGUGUGUAUGUGUGUGUAUGAUUACCAGAGAACCACUAAAAAACCAACUGCUUUUUAAAUCUUGUUAUGUAGUUCAAGUGUCUUGCCUUGACCAAUCUAAUAAGUUGAUUAACUGGGCCUUUAUACUUAACUAAAUAAAAAACUAAGCAGAUAUGAGUUAAAU